AUGAGAUUAAUAAUUCAAAGAUGUCUCAGCGGUUCGGUGUCUGUUGGAGAUUAAUUGGUAUCUCAAAUUGGAAAAGGCUUAGUGGUCCUUCUAGGAAUUCAUGAGAGAGACACAAAGGAGGUGGCUAAGAAGUUGGCCCACAAAUUAUCCAAAAUACGUUUGUGGGAGAAAGAGAAUAAAGCGUGGAAUGGAUCAUGUGUCGAUUUCAAUUACGAAAUACUAAUAGUCUCCUAAUUCACUUUAUACGCUUAUAUGAAAGGCAAUAAACCAGAUUUCCAUUAUGCUAUGGAUGCAGACAAGGCAAGAGACUUGUAUGAGUAUUUCGUUGACGAGUGUGGGAAGGCCUACAAGCCGGAGAAAAUAAAGAAAGGCGCAUUUUAAUAAUAUAUGGCUGUGAACAUAGUGAAUGAUGGACCAGUCACUAUUGAGAUUGAUGAGAUGGAAGUGGAGAAAUAGUAGAAACAAUAGAAAUAAUAAAUAUAAUAAUAGUAAUAAUAAUAAUAAUAAUAAUAAUAAUAACCAUAAGAAGAGGAAGACAAUAAGAUUCAAAAGAUUAAUUGA